AACUAAUCCGAUUCAAAUCACGGGUCCUAGAUUGUUUAUUUUCUUAUUUGUGAAACGGCCGCUGCCUACUCCGCAAGACUUAUCAAAAGGCCCAGACGACUUUGCGGAAACGAAAGUGAUUAUUAGAAUAUUGGAAUUCGCUCUUUUAUCAUUUGUUAAAAAAUUUCACGGGUCUCAAACAUCGAAUGCCUGAAUGCGUUAAUGCGAAUUUGAAUUUCGCAGUGUCCCAAACGACUCAUUUACUCUGAUUCUCAGCCUUUGUUCUGCGAAAAAUCGAUUCCAGUUAUCCUGUGCCAGUGUGCUGUCAUAUUCCCGAGCUUUCGCUUUCGUAUUGUAGUGAAAGCAAGCUAGAGCGACUUGCCUUUCGGUCCAGGUGUAAUGAGUUCAGAGUAGAGGACGUUGUUUUCGCCAGGGUUCUCGCAUGAGCCAAGAUGAUUGUUACGUCCGCUUCUGGCUUGGAUAGCACUCCGACGUUAGGCACCGUCGAGGUGACCACGCUGCUGGGCGCCUUUUUCGGCGUCCUCGUGCUGCUGCUCCUGCUGUUCCUGUACAUCAGUCGCAAGUGCUGUUUCCAUUACCGCCAUGCCAUCAACUGCUGCGACGAGCGCCACCUGGCGGCGAAGUGCGUGCAGAAGAUCACACGGAAACGGCGCUACGAGAACACCAGUUCCGACUCUGAGGAGGAUAUCCUGCGGCGCCUGCGGUGGCACCAGCAGCACCAGAUGGGCGAAAAGCCGGGCGGCUACGGACUGGGGAUCAGUCAAGCGAAUCCGCUGACAGCACAGAGCUUCAACUACCACCAGACCGGAGCUGACCUGCAGCGGGUGACGGUGACGCGUGACCCCUUGGCUACCGCCGAACGGGGCAAGGUCGGGAUACCGUCUUCGCACAGCGAGUGCAGCUCGAACGACUCCAUGGAGGCCUCCGUGGACAGUCAUACUGGCAUCCUUAUGGCCGUGAGCAAAGUCACAACCCCUCACCCGGCAACAUCUUUCCGUAAUCCGUGUGCAGAACACCGAGCCAAGACGCAGGCUCUUAGGUACCAACACAGGGCCGAGAUGGCUGCUCCACUCAAAGUAGAAAAGGAGCGGGACAAUGUGGUGGUGGUUCCGAUCGGCAGUACCUACAGCACCAGCAACAACAACUCAAGUACUACCACUAACAAUAAUACCAGCAACAACAAUAACGAUGACGAACCCCUGUUUGACACCAGCGAUCUUCGCUCGAUUAAAUCGGAUGACCUACUGGUAGGGGUUGACCCCAAGGGCACAGCUGUUCAGCGCGGACCCAUCGAGUUAGAAUUGUCAUUGCUGUACGACGCCCCCAUGCGGAAGAUGACUGUGCACGUGAUGCAAGCCAGAAGCAUUCCGCCUUUGGGCAGUGGUCAGCCCACCCACACGCAGGUGCGGAUGCUGAUGCUUCCCAGCAAGAAGCAGAAACUCAAGACCAAGAUCCGCAGCGGCGAGAACCCUCAGUACAUGGAGAGCUUCCUGCUGCACCGUGUUAACCCGGAGGAAGUGAACAACAUGGGCCUUCGGGUGCGGCUUUACGGUUGCGAGCGGCUACGCAAGGAGCGCCUGAUUGGGGAGGCGUACGUUAGCUUCGCGACUGUGGAUCUGGAGCUGGAGACGAACCUGUGGCUGCCACUUGAGCCCCGUAACACCUCCUCGGGUCUGGGUUCCACCAGCGACCUCAUGAGCUUGGCGCGGUCGGAAAGCGCAGGCUCCACUUCGUCCAUGCAACACGGGGGCGUCUCCGAGUUGCUGCUGGGGCUAAGCUACAACGGGGUCACCGGAAGGCUGAGCGUAGAAAUCAUCAAGGGCAGCCAGUUCCGCAGCUUGUCGCUUAACAAGGCACCAGACACCUACGUAAAGAUGGUAAUGGUUAGCAGCAUAGGCCAGGAGAUAUCUCGGGCUAAAACUUCAACACGUAGAGGCCAGCCCAACCCGCUCUUUAAGGAGACAUUCGCCUUCCAGGUGGCCCUGUUCCAGCUCAACGACGUCACUCUGAUGAUCUCCGUGUACGCCAAGCGGCACAUGAAGAAGAACGAGAUGGUCGGCUGGUUCAGCCUCGGCCUGAACUCGUCCGGAUCGGAGGAAGUGGCCCACUGGGCUGAUGUGUGCGAGAUGCCCAAGGGCGAGAUGCUGGCCCGCUGGCACGUUCUGGUGGACUCCUGAUUCGAGCAGCUGGGCCAGCCCUCUGGACGCAGCGGAAAGACCCUCCGGAAGCUGGGCCUGACUGCGUUUAAGGACCGGUCCCGCGAGAAAGAUUUGAGAAAGUCGUGCCUGGAGGACGAUGGUGCUCAAUUCCCUGCAGACAAUGCGGUUGCAGUCGAUAUUGAGCCGGGCCUGGAACUGGACUUUGUUUGAAGCAAAGGUCGGUGUUUGUGAUUUGUUUUUACGAGGGUCGAUUCACUAACGAUGGCUGGUGUUGUCGAGUGUUUAACCCUGGAUGAGACCGACCAAAUGGUUUGGAUCAUCUGAUCAAUCUAGCCUACACUGGGCCAUAAGUAUUUGUAGUUUGGAAUCAAUUUGGCACACAUUUUGUUCAUAAAAUGUGAGAAAUAUGAAAAACUAGAACGGAAUAACAGAAUUUUGAAAUUUUAUACGCAAUGGUAUGUGGCACGUUAAGUGCAAGUACAAUGCCAGUACAUAAAUUACUACUCAAAAUUUGAAUUUUAUGAUUGUUUGUGAUAAAGAAUACUAUUUGAAUAACCUGAGGUGCGAAAAGAGUACGCAUAUGUACGUUUGUGCGUCAUUUACAGAUAAGUGACGAAUUUUUGUAAUUAACCUUUCUGCAUCUUAUACUUAAAUAUUAAGCCCGGCAUAGGCUGCCCAAAGUCUGUUAAGACUAGCACUUUUUUAAUACAGAAAAUAUGAAAACCGAAAAUACAUACAUACAUAGGAACAAUUGUAGUUAAUACUUACAUAAAUACCUAAAUACAUCAUACCUGCAAACUUACACACAUAAAUUAAAACAACUAACUCUUGCUAUUUUGAUCAAGAGCCAUGCUCAUGUUCCAGUUUUGAUAUCCAGAGAAAGACGAA